AGGCCUCCAAAGCACUACCAGCCACUGCUUAAAAGGGAGAAGGAACUUUUCUCCAUUGUACAAAAAACUCUUCUGAAACCCAUUGCCAACUCACUGAUCCAAAAAGGUUCUAGGCUCACACACAUUUAUGGUUUAUCAAAGACCCACAAGAAGAAACGAGCAUUCCAUACAAGCUUGCCAAGUGGCUCAAUGAUAAGUUAAAACCUUUGUCCACCAUUGACCAAACCAUCAGUGACAUCUUGUUUGCUGAUGAUCUCCAUGAGAUGAAGAUCGCUGAUCAGGACAUUUUAGUGUCAUACAAUAUUUCAUCCUUCUUCACAAACAUACCAGUAGAUGAAACAAUCAAAAUCUUAGCAGAGAAAGCGUUCAGAGACAAUUGUUUCAAAAGGAAAUAUGCCCUUAACAUCACAAAAACUGACCUCAAUGACCUGUUAGAAGUUGCAACAAAAAAACAAAGGACCACUAAUAGCAAAUGUGUUUAUGUGCCAUAUUAA